UAUUAAUAAUCAAUUUGCAUGUGAAAAGGUCAGCCAUCCCAUACACAUUAGAUGUCGCAUGGAGUACUUUAGUGAGACUCACGAAACCUUCCUGCACUACUGCGACUUCUUGCUCUCGGAGACCGCCAGCAAGCAACUGACGCCACCUAGUCGUCCCAUCUGUGCCACUAUCUGGAGGGUGGUUAUUUUGCAAUCCUUGAUCGCUGUGGAUGGUACUUGCUUUGAAGGCGACACGGAUGAAGAUUUAUCGAUCGAGUACAUCCACUCAGACUUCAAGGUAGAUGACAAUAAAGAUUUUAUCUUGCACCCAAAAGUUCUGGUGGGCUGCAUGCGCAUCGAUACCGUCUUUAGACCAGAGGAAGUGCCUAAUUUGCAGGUGUUGCUCUGCUGCCAGGAUAUCGAACUGAACUUCCUGAAUCAGCCAGAUGUCGGCGAAGAGCUGCCACCACGGCUGAAGGAGUAUAGUCUCCGGCAGACCAAGGAGACCAGCCAAACCUUCCUCACGGUGCAUGUCGAAGACCUGCAGAUGCAUUCCACGAUACAUUCCAAGAGGGAUUUCAGCUUGCAGACCGAAUUUCGAACCAGAGUUAAGUGCUUGGAUUAUGGUUUCCUGAAUAUGCUGGAUAUUGUGGAGCCAAUGAAGUUCACCAGUUACGCAAGAGUUACCCACUGUCCGCGUUCCUCGGUGGAGGCUAAUUUCGUCGUCGACAAGCUGCGCUUUAACUGCGCCCCCUAUGUGAUCCACUCCCUGCUGAGUUCCAAACACCAUUGGCAGCAGGUAUUGCAGCAGAAAGAGCCGAGGCACGCCUUCAUUCCAAAAUGCUUGGUGAUCAACGGGAUGCAGACUCCCAUUGCUUUUGGACAAACCGGCACCGUGGAGAAGAUCACUGUGGCGCCCAGUGAAGUGCAGUUCUAUCACUUCAGAAGCUGUUCUUUCCGGCAGGAGCUUACCUUCUUUAUCACGAAUCUUCAGUCAAGGCAGACGGUGGACUCGAGUGACUCCGUUCACAUACCUCUAAAAUUCGAGGAGGAGCACAAAGUGCAACACUUGCGAGUGGGAGACUGCUGCAUUACCCUCAAGAUGGCCAAGUUAUCGGCCACUCAGAUGUAUAUUCUAGUCAAAGGCCAAAUUGAGUUGAUUAGCAUGGUGCCCUAUAGCCUGAUCACAGAGUUUCGCGUCGAGGGAGCCAGCUACGAUGAGAAUUGCGCGCCUGAGCACCUGCUGUCGUCCAAAGAGAGAUCCUCCUCCUUCUACCAGCAAGUAACACAUAAUGCUGAUAUUAAUAUGCGGUUGAAGCUAAGCGCUGGUCGAGGCAAAGGUCGUACUGGUGACAUCCCUUUGAAGCCCAACAGCAACAAUCUGCCAUGGCUGGUUAAGGUGCCAACGCAAUCCCCACAACAAUUCAUUAGCUUGUGGGUUCGGAUCCUGCGUGAGGACAUCGUUAUGGAGCAUCCCACCGAGGACUUUCAGCCACAGAAAAUACUUAUCUGCAUUUGGCCCAUCUUCGAGGUAUGCAAUAUGCUCAGCUGUGAUAUUCAGGCGAUCGAAAGUACCAGCGUGGAGAGCGCCACCAUCGAAGCAAGGGGUGGAAGUUGGGCUCUGAACACAGCCACCACUCAUGCCACGGAGCAUACGCUAGCCUUUAAAUUUCCAUCUCCAGUGCAGCCUACUUCUGAGACUGAGUACAAGUUGAUGCUGAAGAGCAUGGACUGGCACAAGUUCUUCCAUUACGAUUCCAGCGAGUGGACCAUUGAGAAUGCUCUGCACAAACUGAGUAAAUCGAAUUCGAAGAUUAAGUGGCCACUGAGCGAUCCUGAAGAAUUACGCCUGAAACGCGAACUGAAGCUCCCUUGCCAAUGUCCAUUUGAUGUCAGAUACCAGACAGGUGCGACAAGGGAAUUUUCGUGUACUAUGGGACUGGAUGUGACUGCCUGGGCCAUGUUUAUCAAUGCCACAGGGUUGGAUGUAACUCUAUGCACGAUCAAGGAGCCGGCAUGCAUUCUCCUUAAAGCCAAUAGUUUGGAAAUGCUGCCAAAACUAACGUGUGCAUUCUCCAUUCAAGUUUCCUUUAAUAAUGAAUGGAUUUCCUCAACUCCCAUAUGCUUAGAAGAGCAGUUGGCGCAGAAAACGGCUAACAAUGCCGGAAGAACCAUGUCCUUGCGCUGUAACUCAUUUGUGGACGUAGUAAUAGUCGAAAAGGAGCAAGUGUACCGAUUAAUGCUGGAAUACAAACAGGAAACCGAUGGUCGCCGUGUUUUCAAAUUGCGUUCCAAGUUCGUGUUGACCAAUUUCACGGAUGUAUCUCUCAAUGCUUUACCCUUGGCUAUGGAUCACAAGGAAACCGCCACUCGGGAAGAAGUGGAUGCUUGUGCGAUUGCCAAGUCACCGCGCAGUCUGACAUCCGUGGAUUCGACAAAAAACUGCAUUGGUACGUCCUUGGAUGUUUUCUACGAUCUUGGGUCCAAGCACAACUGUGAUACCGCAUUCGUGUACUUCGUUUGCUUUAGUGUUGGCGGCCAUUGGGACAUUUCCAUUCCCAUUCCCUUGGCCAUACCAUUCACUAGACGCUGCUUCAGCUUGCAGGCGGGACGCGAAUCUAUUCCCCUGAUGAUUACUUUGAUUGAAAAGGACAACGUGCACUAUUUGAACGUGUUCCGGGACACGGCGCCAGCCAUCAUCAUCAGCAACAAUACAAAUAUUAAAUUCAUCGUGGCCCAAACGAGUGCCUCGGAGAACAGCAAUGUUAGCUGCACAAAUUCCGAGUUUGUGGGUAGGCACUUUGAGUGGAACCAAUUGGUGCUGGCGCACAGUAAGUGCUAUUAUACCCCGCCACAGAUGUAUGCCAACUUUCCGGACGUGGAGUUCACCAUGUGCAAUCUAUCUUUGGCGGCUUAUAAAGACAAACAGUGUGGCAAGAACAAGAUUGCUUGGUCAAAGCCGGUGAGAACCGACAAGACGUGGCAGAAGUUCCUUCACAUACCCAACCAUGGCGAUGUGAAGGUGGUGGUCUGUGAUAAGCAUCGGGUUAUUCGGCUGAACAUUUAUUAUAUAGCUCAGCAACUGGAGUUUUCGGUGAAGGACUUGCGAUCGCGCCUAACCAAGCCAGAGAAUAAUUUGUUGCCAGCCGAGGAGCAAGAGCUGCUUGGAUCAGAGCAGAAGUCAUCUCAAGAGCAGGAUCCCUUUCCGGACAUGGUGGCCUGUGCUCACUUCAGUCAGGAAUGCGAAACGAAGCUGCAGACCAGGAUAAAGUUCUUCAUCAAAAGCUUCGUGUUUAGCCUGCAAACGGACAACCGCGAAAAUGACUAUUUAAAGACCGAGGUGUGCAAUAUCUACGCCGACGACUUAAUGGCGAUCUACGACGACAUAUCCGAUGAUGACAAGGAGGAUCGGAGGGAGCUGCGCUUGCAAGUGCCCAACCUGCAGGUGGACAACCAACUGUACUCCAGCGGAAAGUACGACUUUCCGGUGCUGCUUUGCGCAGAGGAACUCUACAAGCGCAAUUGUGCCCUACCCCAAGUUUAUUAUUUGGAUGCCGUCUACCAGCUGCAGCCACUACGUGCUCCAGUCUCUCUGUUCACGUUUGUGUUUUACCAGGAUGAGAUGCAGCUGCAGAGUGUUCGUUGCAAGAUUCCCCCGUUCCGAGUCUAUAUCGAAGACGCCUACCUCAACCAGCUGCUGGAGGCACUCGUGGAAUGUGAGCCGUCCAACUGUGUGUAUAGUCCGGCUAUAGAAGAGGAUAGGAUCCUCCUUUCUGCCGGGCAAACCCUGCUUCCCGACCAGGUUGUGGCCCAGUCGUUGUACAUAUCGGAGCCGCUGCGUCUCAAUAGUUUUACGGUAGAGCCACUUAGUCUAUUGCUUUCCGUCCAUACUUCGUCGAGGCUGUACAUAGCCUUAGAUCAUUCCCCGCUCUCCUUUUCCCGCUACGAGCGGCAGCAAAUCCUCACAGUUCCUUUACGGUUCGGCCAAUCCUUGGGCCUGCAUUACCUCAGCGGAGCCAUCUUCGGCGCUGGCUGGGUGGUUGGCUCCCUGGAGAUCUUGGGCAGUCCUAGCGGACUCGCUCGCUCGUUUAGUACCGGUCUCCGUGACUUUGUAUCCAUGCCCGUGGAGGGACUCUUCCGCGGACCCUGGGGCUUCCUUGUGGGCGUGACCCAAGGCUCUGCCUCCCUGUUACGCAACGUGACUGCUGGAACCGUGAAUUCCGUGACCAAGCUGGCCGGUUCAGUAGCCCGGAAUCUGGACAGGCUGACUUUGGACGCAGAGCAUAUCGAGCUGACGGAGGCCAGGCGUCGGGCAAGACCCCAGGGCUUUGCGGAUGGGCUGACACAAGGCCUGACUGGAUUGGGCAUCAGUUUAUUGGGCGCCGUCGGCGGAUUGGCACAUCACACCUUGGAGGCGCGGAGUUCCGUAGGGUUUAUUGCUGGCAUCACCAAGGGCAUUGUUGGAGCGUUCACAAAACCCAUCAGUGGAGCUGCUGAGAUGCUGGCUCUAACGGGCCAGGGUGUCCUCCAUACGGUGGGUUUCAAUGCGAUGCCCCAACAGGUGGAGCCGAGUACUACGAGAAACGUGGCCCUGCAUGGCAGUUCCUCGCGCAUUUGGAGCUAUCUCCCUGAGGAGUUAAGCCACGAUCAGAUGCUGUUCUUCUGUGAAAUCACUCUGCUGGUCAACACACAGCUGCGUCCGGCUCUGGUGUUUCUCACCUCAUCCGUUCUGGCCAUUAUGCAGCCAGACAGCGAGGAUCUAACCUUCGCCUCCCCUGUUUCCAAGGUAGAUGUAAUGGCGGAUCGAGAAGACCCAUCGAAGCUCUACCUUAGCCUGAAAUCUGAGCAGAAGGAUGACCUAGAAGGGGUGAGUUGUUAA